AUGUUCGUCAUGCGAUGUUUUCUUCUUAUUCUUGCUCUCGAACUCGCACUUACGAUCACCACAUUAUACGUCACUGAGAUUGCAAAUAUGAGAAUUCAUGGACAUCUGUUAUGUAGUAGCUUGAUGACUGGACCUAUGGUCUUGCUGCCUCAACAUACGGACCACCUCGCUUUGUAUCGCUUCUUUCGGAAUCCCCAACAGCCACGUCUGCGACUUGUUAUCUCGCUUCUUUAUUUGAACAUCAUGCAACAGCUUUGUGGAGUCGAGCUUAUCGUUGUAUUCUUCGUUAUGUCAAUCUUACCAUUCAGAAGUCAUACGCUGGUUGGAGUUCUGGUCUCCUUGAUUAAAAUUUCCAUCACUUUGAUUCCGAUGGCCACGGUGGACAGAAUUGGACGGCGCCCUCUCUUGCUUGCAAGCUUCGUGCUUAUCACGAUCUCCUCCAGUGUAUUGGGCUUCAUUCAUCCACUGGAAGAUGAAAAAGAUCGAUGGUUUAUGUUUCUUUUAAUAUUCGGAUACACCUUGGGACUAGGUCCUGUCACGACCGUCUACAGCUCCGAAGUUCUUCCAUUCAGAACUCGAGGUCAGGCUAUCAGCUUAGGAGUCAGUUUGAAUAAACUGACUCGCUGUAUACUCAUUGAUAUUUCGCCAAGGAUGAACUACGAGUUGAAGUUCAGUGGUCUCUGCAUUUUAUUUGCUGUCAUCAAUCUCUUGGGCACCGUAUAUGCAUACUAUGUUAUACAUGAAACGAAGGGAUCCGAGGCAUUGAAGGAGGAAGGUGCAAAUCAAGACCAGCCGAGCUUUGUGGAUGAGGAUCAACAACAAGAAGUAGAUUGUCUGGUAGAGUGA